AUCAAAGCAUCGACUUCUCUUUUCUCAAUCCAAUCUCCGACGAAAGAUCUCUGAUCAAAACCCUAGCCCUAAUUCCCCAAAUCCGAUUCUUUUCCUUUUGAUUGAUUGAUUCCUCAAAGCAGCGAAGAUGGUUUUAGGGGAGCUUGGCGGGCGGAUUACCCGCGCCUUGCAGCAGAUGAGCAAUGUGACAAUUAUCGAUGAGAAGGCUCUGAAUGAAUGCCUGAACGAGAUCACACGAGCUCUUCUCCAGUCCGAUGUUUCUUUCGCUCUUGUGAGGGAGAUGCAGAGCAAUAUCAAGAAGAUCGUUAAUCUCGAGGAGCUAGCUGCCGGCCACAACAAGCGACGGAUCAUUGAGCAGGCUAUCUUUACUGAACUCUGUAAGAUGUUGGAUCCAGGAAAGCCUGCCUUUGCCCCCAAAAAGGCAAAAGCAAGUGUAGUUAUGUUCGUCGGAUUACAAGGUGCUGGAAAAACCACAACGUGUACCAAGUAUGCUUAUUAUCAUCAGAAGAAAGGAUACAAACCAGCUCUAGUGUGCGCUGAUACUUUCAGGGCCGGUGCUUUCGAUCAGCUGAAACAGAAUGCCACCAAGGCUAGGAUCCCCUUUUAUGGAAGCUACACGGAAUCCGAUCCUGUGAAAAUUGCUGUUGAGGGAGUUGAUAGGUUCAAGAAAGAAAACUGUGAUCUUAUUAUUGUUGACACCAGUGGUCGCCAUAAACAAGAAGCUACACUCUUUGAAGAAAUGCGUCAAGUUGCUGAAGCAACGAAACCAGAUCUCGUUAUAUUUGUUAUGGACAGCAGUAUUGGUCAAGCUGCAUUUGAUCAAGCUCAAGCAUUUAAGCAGAGUGUUGCUGUGGGAGCUGUCAUUAUCACUAAGAUGGACGGUCAUGCCAAGGGUGGUGGUGCUCUUAGCGCUGUUGCAGCUACAAAAAGUCCUGUGAUAUUCAUCGGAACAGGAGAGCAUAUGGAUGAGUUCGAACUGUUUGAUGUCAAACCAUUUGUCAGCCGUCUCUUAGGAAUGGGUGAUUGGUCUGGAUUCGUGGAUAAACUACAAGAGGUGGUGCCUAAAGAUCAACAGCCUGAACUUCUAGAAAAGCUCUCUCAGGGUAACUUUACAUUGAGAAUUAUGUACGACCAGUUCCAGAACAUACUGAACAUGGGACCACUUCAGGAGGUUUUUUCAAGGCUGCCUGGAAUGCGUGAUGAAAUGAUGCCGAAAGGACAUGAGAAAGAAAGCCAGGCGAAGAUAAAGCGGUACAUGACAAUGAUGGAUUCUAUGACUAACGAAGAACUGGAUAGCUCGAACGUAAAGCUGUUUAAUGAGUCAAGGGUGAUGCGGAUAGCGAGAGGGUCAGGGAGGCUUGUAAGAGAAGUGAUGGACAUGCUGGAAGAGUACAAGAAGCUAGCAAAGAUGUGGGGUAACAUGAAGGGGCUAAAGAUCCCAAAGAAUGGAGACAUGAGCGCACUGACGAGAAACAUGAACGCGCAGCACAUGAGCAAGGUCCUUCCUCCUCAUAUGCUCAAGCAGAUGGGCGGCAUGGGCGGUCUGCAGAGCCUCAUGAAGCAGAUGGGUUCGGGCAAGGACCUCAUGGGAAUGUUCGGUGGCAGAGACAAGUAGUUUCUUUCGCCUCUUUCUUUCUUUCUCGCACAAGCUUAAACUACACCUUUUGCUCUUUGUCGUUAUUAGUUUUUUCUCUUCUUUUUUUUUGGUGUAAAAAUAUACUUUUGAUUUCUCAUUUCACCCAAAAAAUCUUACCAAUGUUCUCCA